AUGGCAGGGGCAAAUUUUUUAAGCGGCAUGGGCAUGGAAAACUUGAUUGGUUUGGCAACAACUCUAGACAGCAUAAUGACCCAUGACAAAAAUGUCAAUUAUGCAACUCCUAUUAGCAUACGGCCCUCCACUGUCCACAACAAUAAUAUCAGUCCACUCCGCCUUCUGCGCUAUGGUGUCUUCACACAAGGGCAACACACCAUGUCACACUAUACCUUACCAGCUUCCACACUUGCGAACCUUACUAGGGUUCUGACCAACUUCGAAUUGGCAAUG